GUGGGAUUUUCCAGGCAAGAAUACUGGAGUGGGUUAAGGCACACAGGCAAAUUUAAGUUCUCUAAGCUUCUCUCUGGUCACUUGGGAUACACAGGAAAACGAGAGAGAGAAAAAAAAUCAGUGUAUUGAAAAAGCAAGCACCUCUACCAGAGUACAUGUUUGAUAUGCAAAGAUUUUAAGUACUCUGACAGGCAUUCUGCACAAGGAAAUGAUGUUACAUCACACUGGGAAUCAGUAAAAGUAAAUAUUAAAGUUAAGUGAACAGUACCUGCAAAAACUCAUUGAGAAGAGGAUGGCCAUUUUGGAAGACAAAAAACAUUCUUAUUAAGAAUCACAACAAACAAAGUGUUUCAGGAUGACUUUAUUAUACCAAAUGGUACAUUUCACUUUAUUUGCCUCCGUUGCUGGUGAGUGUGUGACCACGCUGUUCCAAGAUGCCUGCUUUAAAGGAGGAGACAUCUCUGUGGCUUUCACGCCAAACGCCAAGCACUGCCAAAGCGCCUGCACCCACCAUCCGAGGUGUUUGCUCUUCACUUUUAUGGCGGAGUCGUCAUCCGAAGAUCCUACCAAGUGGUAUACGUGCAUCCUGAAAGACAGCAUUACAGGAACACUGCCAAUGGUGAAUAUGACAGGAGCAAUUUCUGGAUAUUCUUCCAAGCAAUGCUUGCACCAAAUAAGUGCUUGCAACAAAGAUGUGUAUGUGGACCUAAACAUGAAGGGGAUGAACUAUAACAGCUCUAUUACCCAGAGUGCUCAGGAAUGCCAACAGAGGUGUACAGACGACACGCACUGUCAUUUUUUUACAUUCGCCACAAGUCGCUUUCCAAGCACAAAGGAUCGUAACACUUGUCUGUUGAAGAACACCCAAACAGGGACACCAACCGGCAUAACGAAGCUCCGUGAAGUGGUAUCUGGAUUUUCUUUGAAGUCCUGUGGCCUUUCUAACCUGGCUUGCAUUAGGGACAUUUUCCCUAGAACGGCGUUUGUGGACAUCACCAUUGACACUGUCAUGGCCCCGGAUCCCUUUGUCUGUCGCAGCAUUUGUACUCACCAUCCCAGCUGUCUGUUUUUUACCUUCUUGUCUGAAGAAUGGCCAACAGCAUCUGAAAGAAAUCUGUGUCUCCUUAAAACAUCUUCAAGUGGAUUGCCAAGCGCACGCUUUAGAAAGAACAAAGCCUUUUCUGGUUUCAGUCUACAAAACUGCCGGCACAGUGUCCCAGUGUUCUGCCAUUCUUCAUUCUAUCGCCACACUGAGUUCUUGGGAGAAGAACUGGACAUCGUAGACGCGGACGGGCAUGAAGCCUGCCAGAAAACAUGUACCAAUAGCAUCCGCUGCCAAUUCUUUACCUAUUCUCCAUCUCAAGAAUCGUGCAACGGAGGGAAGGGUAAAUGCUACUUAAAACUUUCUGCAAAUGGAUCUCCAACUAAAAUACUUCAUGGGACAGGAAGCAUCUCUGGAUACACAUUAAGGUUAUGUAAAAUGGAUAAUGUGUGUACAACCAAAAUCAAGACCAGAAUUGUUGGAGGAACCCAGUCUGUUCACGGAGAAUGGCCGUGGCAGAUAACUCUGCACACGACAUCACCCACCCAGAGACACCUGUGCGGAGGCGCCAUCAUCGGAAACCAGUGGAUACUAACAGCUGCUCACUGUUUCAACGAGGUCGAGUCACCUAAUGUGUUGCGUGUCUAUAGCAGCAUUUUGAAUCAAUCAGAAAUAAAAGAGGAUACAUCUUUCUUUGGGGUUCAAGAAAUAAUAAUUCAUGAUCAAUAUGAAAAGGCAGAAAGUGGAUAUGAUAUUGCCUUGUUGAAACUAGAAACAGCACUGAAUUACACAGAUUCUCAAUGGCCCAUAUGCCUACCUUCCAAAGGAGAUAGAAAUGUGAUGUAUACUGAAUGCUGGGUGACCGGAUGGGGAUACAGAAAAUUAAGAGACAAAAUACAGAAUACUCUCCAGAAAGCCAAGGUACCCUUGAUGACUAAUGAAGAAUGCCAGGAAGGUUACAGAAAGCACAGAAUAACCAACAAGAUGGUCUGUGCUGGCUACAGAGGAGGAGGGAAGGAUGCCUGUAAGGGGGAUUCGGGGGGGCCCCUGUCCUGUAAACACAACGAGGUGUGGCACCUGGUAGGCAUCACGAGUUGGGGUGAAGGCUGUGGCCAAAGGGAGCGGCCAGGAAUUUACACCAACGUGAUCGAGUACGUGGAUUGGAUUCUGGAGAAAACGCAAGGCCCUUGAAAGGGUCCUCAGAGACCAUUCAACUUCCUGAAGGGUAAAUCGGAUCAUUCCCUGAAAAGGGUUUGGAUUUCACUGAAGAAGACACUGCACCUUCAUUUUCCUCCACAGGCUACAAUUCUGAGACUGUAACAGACUGGAGGGGUUGGGUAUUAGUAAGAAAAAGCAAACUGUCAUGCCGCCUAAGCUCCCAGGGUUCCGUGAUGAUCAGAGUCUGACUUCAGUAUCCAGGUUCUGUUUUGUUGGCUAUACCUCUCCUAAACCAAGGAUAUACAAUCAAGAUUAAGAUAUUUAAAGAUGAAAGCAUAGCCAGAUAGACCAGAAAAGGAUCAAGUGGCGGCACCAAAGGAUUGGGUAGAACUGCUCAAAGAAACCACUGUAAAAAGGUGUGGUGAAUGAAACAUGGGAAGUCGAGAAAAUAGGAACCAGGACAGUCGUCAUCCAAUCGCAAGAUUCUGUGCUCUGCGUACGGGGAACUCUUUUGGGAAAAAAAUAACUGAAUUUGAUGGCAGGUUUCAGAAUAAUCAAGAAUUCUUGUCGUUAAUUUUUAAAUGGGUUUGGGUAGAGACAAGCUAUGAAUAAGUGAGAAUGUGGACUCCAGAAUUUCUGUAAGGGAAAGGAUUAAAAGCAGCAAUCCACCUGGAA